UUGUAAAUUCCCUGUCAGGGAGGACCCAGCAGGCACGAAUAGGUAAUGCAAGAUCAAGCUAUAUUAAUGUCACUUCAGGUGUUCCACAAGGUGGGCACUGUUCACCUUUGCUCUUUAAUAUUUUUGUGAAUGAUAUUGGUGCCUGUUUUGAGAACAGUGACUUCCUUUUAUUUGCUGAUGAUUUGAAGUUUUUUAGAGAGAUUGUAUCAAUACUUGAUCAGAUUUUGUUGCAAAGUGAUUUGGAUAGAUUGAAUGAGUGGUGUGUUAACAACAAUUUGUUUUUGAAUGUAAGCAAAUGCAAUUAUAUAAGUUUUCUCAAGCGAACUAAAAAGGUUGUCAUUUCAUAUAACAUUCAAGGAAGUACACUUCAAUAUUGGAGCAUAGUUAAAGAUCUUGGUAUCUCGUUUGAUGUUCAUUUAAACUUUAAUGCACACAUAAACAAUAUUGUUCUCAAAUCCUCUAAGAAUCUGGGUUUUGUACUAAGGAACUGUAAAGAAUUUUCUAUAGAGACCUGUAAGAGGUUAUACAUGUCAUUGGUUGUUUCAUUGCUGGAAUAUGGCUCAGUGAUAUGGUCGCCCUUUUACAUGAAUAAUUGCUUGUCCUUGGAAAGAGUUCAGAACAAAUUUAUUAGGUUUUGUCUCUAUAAACUUCGAAUAAGAAUUCCGGAUGAUCAUGUUUAUGAUAUUGUUUUAGAAAUGCUUGAUAUGAAGACAUUGAGACAAAGACGGAUAUAUGCAGAUUUAAUUUUUUUGUAUAAAUUAUUGAAUGGUCAGAUAAUUUGUCCAGAACUUCUGAUGACAAUACAAUUUAAUAUUCCAUCUAGGAAUUUAAGGCAGUAUCGUGUCUUUUCAUCAUCAUUUCAUAGCGCCAAUUAUGCAUUACAUGCUCCUAUUAAAAGAACUCUAAGAAUUGUCAAUACUAGGGAGGUUGAAAUUUUGGGCAUUUCCUUAUCUAGAUUUAAGAGUCAAAUAAGAGAAAUUGUUUAUUUUUUUUUAGUGCAAUACUGAAUAUUAUACUUUAGUAGGGUAUGUUUUUAGUAUUUUUAGAAUUCUGUUAUAUUGAUUUAAGUUAUAAAACUAUUUUCGGUAUUUUACAUUUAUAAGUAGGCUUUAUUACUGCUUAAUAGUUAGUAUUUUACUGUUAAGUAUGGUUAGGUUCAAUUGAUUUUUUUAUUUAAUUUACUGUUGUAAUGGGGUUGAUCCUGUAAAAUAAAUAUAUAAAUAAAAUAAAAUAUUUUAAGUUGUUAGUUAUGUAGUAAAUAAAUAAGACAUCAUUCAUAUUACACCUAACACUCAAUCGUACCAUUUUAAUUUGCAUACUAUUAUAGGAGAUCAUAUAAGGAUAUGCAUUAUGUGUUCUGAAGUACAGGUAUCUUAAAAAUCUUUUUUGGACCCUUUCAAUCAUAUUAAUAUGCACCAUUGCUUUAGGUGCCCAGAUAACUGAGGCAUACUCCAAGAUCGGUCUGACCAGUGAGUUGUACAGAAUUAUUAUUGAUUUUAUUUCUUUAAAAUGUUUUGUAUUUCUUAUUACAAAACCAAUAAGCUUAUAUGCUUUGUUUACAAUAGUUUCAUAGUGUUGCUUAAAUUUGAGAUUUGUUUGAAAACAGACUCCCAGAUCCCUAAAUUUACUUUUCCUAGUUAAGGAUAAAUUAUCAAUUUUGUAAUCAAAAUUUAUAAAUUGCAUUUUUCUUGUGAAGGUUGUUUAAUGACAUUUUAUUUUCUCUGAACCACUGGGCUACCAAGUUCAAAUCAAUUUGGAGCUCAAGACAAUCAGUAAGAGAUGUUAUGUGCAUAAAUAAUUUAAAAUCAUCAGCAAACACGAGACAUCUAGCAUGCUUUAUACAGUUUGGCAAAUCGUUCAGAAAAAUUAGAAAUAAGAGAGGCCCAAAGUUACUGCCCUGAGGCACCCCAGAUGUUACUAUAUAUAUUUUUGACAAUUUUUUACCAACUUUAACUUGCUGAGGCCUUCCGAUAAGAUAAGAUACCAUAAACCUACAUGCUUUCAGCGAGAAACCAAAUUUACCCAACUUAUUCACCAACAGCCCAUGGUCAACCCGAUCAAAAGCCUUUGCACAAUCUGUCAAGACGACAUCUAGCUGCUCUUAGCUAUCUACUGCAUUGGCAGCUGCCUCAGUCAAAGUGCUGAGGUUGGUGACAGUUGAGGCAUCUGGUAGAAAUCGAUGUUGUUGCUGAGAGAAUUUAUUCAGGAAAGAGCUCAAAAUAUCUUGGUAUAAAAUGUUUUCAAAAAUUUUUGCGAGAGAAUUAAGAACGCUAAUUGAUCUGUAGUUGUCAACCAAAGAAUUAUCUCCUAAUUUGAGGAUUGGAGUAACCAAAGCAUAUUUAAGCAAUUCUGGAAAUGUGUUUGUUUUUAGACACAAAUUAAAAAUGGUUUUUAAUGGAGUGCACAAGAUAUCAGAACAACGUUUAUAAAUGUAUGAGGGGAUACUAUCAUUGCCAGUGGCCUUUUUUGAUUUUAAUCUCUUAAUGGCUGCUUCAAUUUGCAUUUCAGAGAUCUUGGAGAAUGACAAGUUGCCACUAGAUUUAUCAAAGUUAGGUUUUUCAGACUGUUGAAAUACUGAGCUAAAAUAUAAUGCAAAUGUGUCAGCUAUUUCCUGAGCACCGCUAACAGUACACUCCCCAUAGCAUACCUCAGCCGGAACACCAGGUCCUGAACGCCCAGACCUGACAAAAUCCCAAAAGCUAUUUGGGUUAUUUUUGACAUUUCUCUCGAUAUUCUCAUGAUAAGUUCGAAGCUCAUGUGCAGUUUGAUAUUUCACUGUACUUCUAAUUUUGCUAUAUUCAUUCCUAAUUUGAAAAUUGGCAGUGCCUUUUUUAAUUUGUUUAUGCAGAUGUGUCUUUAACUUAAUAUUUUUCUUUAGUUCUUGAGAGAAGUAUUUUGGAAAACUUUUGAGUUUUCGAGUGCCUAUUUUAACUUUCUUUCUGGGUAUUGCCAGGUCUAAGCAUUCAUAAACCUUUUGAUAGAACACAUGAGUGCACUUGUCAACAUUGUCAGCCCUUUCAAGUUCUGCCCGAUUAACUUCCCUCAAUAAUGUAUACAACCUAUAAAAGUCGCCCAUUGAAUAGUCAUAAAUAUAUUCAUAGUUAAUGUAAUGAUGAUUUUUUAUGUGAUUCAAAGAUAUUAGUAAAACCAUACUUAAAGCAGGAUGGUACUGAUCUUCAUCAAGAAUUUGAUUACCACAGUGUUCUAAAUUAGUUAUUUGCAUAUUAGAUAAUACAAGAUCCAGCUUUCUUUUCAUUUUGUUAAAGACAUUUAUACAUGAUUUGGCCCUUAUUUUACAAUCACAGUUGAAUUAAUUGAAUUGUAAUAUACAUAGGUUAAGGUUCUUAAGACCAGUGCUUAAAGCACUAUUUAGAGAAUAUGUUUAUUUAAGUUUAACAAUGUAAUUUAUUGCCGAAAUAUAUAAUUGUUUUUAAAAAAAAUUGUCAACUUCAAAGUUUGACAUUUCAUAAUUGCUAAUCGAAACAUUACUUCUCAAAACUUAAUUUAACUGAUGUGGAUUGAGUAUUAAUUAGCAAGGGAACUAUUUGUUGCUAAUUGAGCUUAAUGGACCCACCCAGACACAGUGUUCGGCGAAGUAAUACGAGUGUUCCAUUACCGUUUCCACGAGCAGUAAUCUGGGUGGUUAUUUGUAUUUUAUUGGAAAAUGUUGCGUUUUUUUGUCUGGCAGGUACCUUAAGUAAUUAUUUCAAAAAGGAUCUGAUGGGAACCAGUGGAGAAAUUAAAACUGUUUUCUACAUAUUUAUACUUCUAACGUAUGCUUUUGCACUUCUGGGCGGAUGGAUGGCGGACGCAUGUUUCAAUAGAAAAUUCACGAUUAUUUUUGCCUUUUGCUUAUCAGCGCUCUCCUUCAUGUCAAUAACAAUUUGUUCAAAAAACUACGAAGUGGGAAAAACGCAUAACGUCCAGAUUUUUGCCAUGCGGAAAACUUUGCAGUACUGUUUGUUUUUAGCGAUAUCAUUUGCUAGUGGAAUACUUAGGCCCAACAUUAUCACUUUUGCUGCUGAUCAGCUUAGUCUUCCAGAACAAGAAGUUCCUUUUGGACGCAUUAUUGCCGCAAUAUACUUCUUUUUCAAACUGAAGGACUUAGGAUAUGAAGUUAACAGCAUAACAUGUGUAUUGAAGAACCAGUGUAACAUAGGAUUUUUUGCUACAUUAACUGUUUUUAUAUGUUUAUCCUUCAUAAUAUUCAUGUGGAACUUGGGAGAAUGUCGCAAAAGAAGAGUGGAAAGCGGCUUUGUAUGGAGCUUGGGUUCGAGCAUAUUUUAUGCUGUCCAUUCAAGAAUUACAAAACCAAAUCGGGUCUACAAUCAUUGGUUGGAUCGUUCCAGACACUCGUAUGGAGGAAGAAUAGUACGAUAUGCUAAGAGGACAAUAAGAAUGCUUGUGAUUUUCUUAAUAUUAUCACCCUUUUACAUGUUCUUUCAUCUGAGCGAAAGGUGGCCCCAGUCGUCGUAUAGGAUGUCCUUCAAAUGGAGAGGAAGCAAUAUUAACACUUCUAUAAUGCCGGCCGUAAAAGCUGGCAUCACACUGCUUCUAAUUCCGGUGUUUCACUGCUUCAUAUAUCCAGUUUUUUCUCGAAAAGUACGCCUCCUAAGAAGACCUCUACGAAGAAUGAUAUGCGGAGGAUUCAUUGCUGCCUUAGCAUUUAUUAUAUCAGCUUGCCUAUAUUUAAUCGUUGAAUAUUAUGAGCCACGGUUACCUGCUGUUGGAGAAGCUCACUUAAGGAUCUAUGAUUCAACUGAUUGUGAGUAUAGAUUCUGGUCAUCAAAUCCUAACAUACCUUCAAAUACUGACAUACAUGAAUACUAUGUGAACCAAAGAAUAAAGGCAUCUUUAAUACCUAAAGAGACCAACUUCACCUUCAAGUCCAAUAGGAGCUGCAAAGAAAAAAACUUUACUGUGGAUAUUCAGCAGAAAAGAGCAUUCGGUCUUUUCCUGACUGACAACGAUAUCAAUGUAUUCAUAGACUUUGUGAGUAAAAGCAAAGAUGGCAAACCUUUACUCAGAACAAUCAUAUCAAAUGAAAAUUAUGAUAUCGUAGAGUAUAGGCAUACAGUCAAACCUAAUGUGACGCAGUUUAACAUUGUUGGAGAUAUCGUUAAGUUUUCAGAAGUAGGAAUUUACAAAGUCACGCUGUUUCCGUGGUCAAGAAUCCAUUUGGAAAUGGGGGCAACUUACACUAUUUUAAUUAAUGUGAAACAGCGCAAGAUCCGUCCAAUUAUCGUAACAGAUCCCAACAAAGUCCACAUUUUAUGGCAAAUACCUCAAUACGUUGUCAUCGGCAUAGCGGACGUUAUGUUCUGGAUAAGCGGGUUUGAGUUCGCUUAUUCGGAGGCUCCCAAUUCGUCGAAAGCUAUGAUGUUGGGCAUGUUUAUAUUUUUUAGCUAUUUUAUAGGUACCGGUUUGAGUAUUUUCAUCCAGGAGACAUCGUUGUUGUUCCAGAAAGAGUCAAUCAACUGUUUCGUGUUUGCCAGCCUGUUGCUAGUGACAGCGGUGAUUUUUGCUUUUUUAGCUCAUAACUACAAACAUAAUGAUGACGAUGACGAGUAUUAAUGUUUAAGAUAAAAUGAUGUUGUAAUAUGCAUUAGUUGUAAGAAAUAUAAAUCUGCUCUGAAUUUUAAAA